UUAUAUUUCUACUCGUUCACAGUCAGUUAUUGCACUAAAUUUACUUUUCUUAGCACGUGUUAUAAUUUAGUUAUUGCAAAGUUAUUGAAAAUUAAUAAUUAUUACUAUGGAUAAGAAUGAAAAAUUACAAUUAUUGAGAAAUGCUAUAAGAACUUAUCCUGAUUUCCCGGAACCUGGGAUCCUUUUUCGGGAUAUAUUUGGCGUGUUUCAAAAUAUUGCAGCUUUGAGGGCAAUGAGAGAUUUAAUUGUGGAGCAUAUUUUAUUCUUAGAAAUUGACUUGGUUAUUGGUUUAGACUCACGUGGCUUUCUUUUUGGUCCUAUGAUUUGUAUGGAGUUAGGCAAACCUUUCUUGCCUAUUAGGAAACAAGGCAAGCUUCCAGGCAAAGUUAUGAAGCAAGAUUACACAUUGGAGUAUGGCAAGGCUACGUUUGAACUGCAAACAGAAUUCAUUAAAAAUGGUACCAGAGCACUCAUUGUCGAUGAUCUAUUAGCAACUGGAGGUACUAUGGCUGCAGCUGUGCAACUAUUGAAAUCAGUAGGUGCUGAUGUGGUAGAAUGCCUAGUGAUAAUAGAAUUGACAACAUUAAAAGGUCGUAAUAAGGUUGGGGUACCUGUUUAUUCUUUUGUGCAAUAUGAUUAGCAGAUAAUAUACAAUAAUUUUUUACAAAUAUUUUACAAAUGUUUGACCAGAGAUUUUCUGUUCAUAUAAUAAGUAUUAUGACUAUACAUUCCUUUCACAUAGCAAAUGUAAAAGUACAAAUAUUUUUCUACAUUUUACGCAGACAUGUACAAAAGAUAUCCAAUAUUUUAUAUAUUAAAGUGUAAAA